GCACCUCAACAUUCUCACAUUCCAUCACCAAAGCAGUGUAGUUUUCCGUUGUCACUGCCAUGGCUUUCAAAAAAGUACUAUUCCAAUAUUUCACUCUGGCUUUGUGUCUUGUCUUCGCAUUUUGUGCUUUUGAGGGCAAUGCUCGCACUCUCGAAGAUGCUCCAAUGCGUGAGAGGCAUGAGCAGUGGAUGGCUAUACAUGGAAAAGUCUACACGCACUCUUAUGAGAAAGAGCAGAAAUACCAGACAUUCAAAGAAAACGUGCAACGUAUAGAAGCCUUUAACAAUGCGGGAAACAAACCUUACAAGCUAGGCAUCAACCAUUUUGCUGAUCUCACAAACGAGGAAUUCAAAGCCAUAAAUAGAUUCAAGGGUCAUGUGUGCUCCAAAAUAACACGGACACCCACAUUUAGGUAUGAAAAUAUGACAGCAGUGCCAGCUACAUUGGAUUGGAGACAGGAAGGAGCUGUCACACCCAUCAAGGACCAAGGCCAAUGUGGAUGUUGCUGGGCAUUUUCUGCUGUGGCAGCAACAGAAGGAAUCACCAAGCUGAGUACUGGCAAAUUGAUUUCUUUAUCAGAACAAGAGCUUGUUGAUUGUGACACAAAGGGUGUGGACCAAGGUUGUGAAGGGGGUCUUAUGGACGAUGCCUUCAAAUUCAUCUUGCAAAACAAAGGACUCGCCGCAGAAGCCAUUUACCCUUAUGAGGGUGUUGAUGGAACAUGCAAUGCAAAAGCAGAAGGUAACCAUGCAGCUAGCAUUAAGGGGUACGAGGAUGUCCCUGCUAACAGUGAGAGUGCACUGCUCAAAGCCGUUGCUAACCAACCAGUUUCUGUGGCUAUUGAAGCUAGCGGUUUUGAGUUUCAAUUUUAUUCAGGUGGUGUGUUCACUGGAUCAUGUGGCACUAACUUGGAUCAUGGUGUCACUGCUGUGGGGUAUGGAGUAAGUGAUGAUGGAACUAAGUAUUGGUUGGUUAAGAAUUCAUGGGGAGUAAAGUGGGGUGAUAAAGGAUACAUUAGGAUGCAAAGAGAUGUUGCUGCUAAAGAAGGCUUGUGUGGCAUAGCAAUGUUGGCUUCUUACCCCAAUGCAUAAUUGCUAUACUUUGUUACUACUAUAUAUUUCAUGUGCAAUUAAGUACAAACCAUCAGAAGUGUGUUAUUGCUGAUAUUUAUAGGUUUGAAGAAAUUACAAGUGGUAGAUUCAAACCUUGUAAAUUACAAGAAGUGAUAGAUUCAAAACCUUGUAUCACAAUUGUUGAAAAAUAUCAUGUAUAAUUAUACUUGUUUAUUAUAUCUAUCUAUAUCAAGGAAAUUAAAUAUU